UCCGCUCCGGCUGGGCGCGAAAGCUCGAAGGGUACAGCGGGACUGGAGACGGCGGGAGCGGCUACACACAGACUGAAGGAACCGGAGAGCUGCCUCAUCCAGAGCGGAGCGCUGGAGAAGCUAGAAUCAUGACGGGAGAGGUGGCUUCUGCGGUUCACCUAGAAAUCAGUGAUCCAAAACUCAUUUCACAUGACGAAGCAAAUAGUCCUUCAGACAGUGGACAGGGCAGCUGUGAAACAGUUGGGCCCUUGAACGAAAGAGAUUCUGAUGAAGAGAUUUUUGUGAGUAAAAAAUUGAAAAACAGGAAAGUACUACAAGACAGUGACUCUGAAACAGAGGACACAAAAGCCUCUCCAGAGAAAACUACCUAUGACAGGGCAGAAGAGGAAAAUAAAGAGAAUUUAUAUGCUGGAAAAAAUGGAAAAGCCAGAAGGAUUUAUAAAACUCUGGCAGACAGUGAUGAAAAUGACACUGAGGAGUCUUUGUAUCAGGAAAAUCUUAAAACCCAAGUGACACCUUGCUUUGAGCGGAGUCUCCAAUCUGAAAAAUCUGAGGACUUUACACUUGACAGACAGCUUGCCAAAAAACUCAUACGUGAUAAAGAAGGAACAGGAGGAAAAGCAAAAGUAAAAUCAAAGAGAAGACUUGAGAAAGAGGAAAAAAAGAUGGAAAAAAUUAGGCGGUUAAAAAAGAAGGAAACAAAGAAUGAGGAAGAUGAAGUGAAACAGCCGUUUAAUGACAGUGGCUGUCUUCUUAUGGAUAAAGACCUUUUUGAAAGCGGGUUGGAGGAGGAAAAUAACUCUCCAUUGGACGAUGAGGAGUCAUUAGAAUCAAUAAGGACAGCCAUGAAAAACAAAGUAAAAAAGCACAAGAAAAAGGAACCGUUGUUGGAGAGUGGAGUCUAUCCAAUUGAAGAAGAAAGUGAGUUAUCAGAAGGCACCAUGAGGAAGGAAAGGAAGGCAGCCAAGUUAAGUAAGGAAGCGUUAAAAAAACUGCAUAGUGAGACUCAGCGCCUUAUUCGAGAGUCUGCACUUAAUCUUCCUUAUCAUAUGCCUGAGAAUAAAACCAUUCAUGAUUUCUUCAAACGUAAACCCCGGCCCACUUGCCAGGGAAAUGCCAUGGCACUACUGAAGUCAUCUAAGUAUCAGUCAGGCCACAAGAGAGAAAUCAUAGACACUGCAAAUACAACUGAAAUGAAUGUUGAUCACCAUGGCAAAGGUUCUGAACAGACAGCAGGCACAGAAUAUGAAGAAGUUAAUCCACUCCCUGCAGUUUCACAGGAACCCCAGAUCACUGCUGCCUCAGAUGAGUCUUGCAGUAAGGAUUUGGUGGGAAGUGAAGAGGUAGAAAUUCAAGAGAAACAGAAGCAGGAUAAUCCUAGACCUUCACCUGGGGACAGCUCAGUGGAGCAACAGGAACCCAGCUUUCUAAUGAGCAAGGAGGGCCAGGAGUAUCAGGCUGGAGCACUUGUGGCACUUGAACCUCAUGCUUUGGAAGGAGAAGAAGGCCUGAAUAAAGGAGAAGCGGACAGAAAGGUGGAAGAGCCCGGGCAGCAAGCUAAAUUGACAGCAGCUGUGCCACCUGAAAAAGGGAGACGGUUCACUCUGGAUAGGCUUAAGCAACUGGGAAUAGAUGUUUCUGUUAAACCUCGGCUGGGGGCCGAUGAUGAUUCCUUUGUGAUACUUGAUGAACCUGAAACCAACCAAGAACUGGAAGCCUUGAAGCAGCGUUUCUGGAAGCAUGCUCAUCCAGCAGCCAGGCCCAGGCCUGCUCAGAAGGUGAAUGUGAACAUCGUAGUGAAAGAUGUGGGCACUGAUGGAAAGGAAGAGCUGAAGGCAGGUGUGGUACCCGUGACCCUGGAAGCUGAGAUGCUAGAUGGAGCAAGCCAUACAAAGCCAGGUGAAAAACUUCAGGUGCUGAAAGCUAAACUGCAAGAAGCAAUGAAACUCCGAAGGCUGGAGGAACGCCAAAAGCGCCAGGCAUUAUUUAAAUGGGAUAAUGAAGAUGGGUUUGUGGAGGAAGAUGAGGAGGAAGAAGAGGAAGAAAUGACAGAUGAAUCUGAAGAAGAAGAAGAGGAGGAGGAAAAAGAAUUAGAGGACGAGGAGGAAAAAGAAGAGGAGAAAGUCAAUCAGGAGAUUGAAGAAUUCCUUCUUAGUAGUGAAGAAAUGGAAACCAAAGAUGAAAAAGAAAUGGAUAAAGAGAACAAUGAUGGCAGUAAUGAAAUUGGCAAGUCAGUCAGCCUUCUCUCUGUUCCCAAGCCUCUCUCGUCAGAUUCUACCUUACUUCUAUUUAAGGACAACUCUUCUAAGAUGGGUUACUUUCCUGCUGAAGAAAAGUCAGAAACAGAUGAAAACUCAGGCAAAAGGUCUAGCAAACUUGAUGAAGAUGAUUCAUGCUCAUUGCUGACAAAGGAGAGCAGCCACAACAGCAGCUUUGAGCUGAUUGGCUCCACAAUUCCAUCCUAUCAACCUUGCAACAGACAGACAGGCCGGGGGAUGAGUUUUUUCCCUGCAGCAGGAGGCUUUAGAUCUCCUUCCCCUGGGCUGUUUCGAGCCAGCUUGAUCAGCUCAGCUUCUAAGAGUUCAGGGAAGCUGUCUGAGCCUUCACUUCCCAUAGAAGAUUCCCAGGAUCUGUAUAACACCUCCCCAGAGCCUAAGACACUUUUCCUAGGAGCAGGAGACUUCCAGUUCUGUUUAGAAGAUGACACUCAGAGCCAACUGUUGGAUGCAGAUGGGUUCUUAAAUGUUAGGAACCACAGGAAUCAGUACCAGGCUUUGAAGCCUCAAUUGCCACUGGCCAGUAUGGAUGAGAAUGCCAUGGAUGCUAACAUGGAUGAGCUGUUGGAUUUGUGUACCGGAAAGUUCACGUCUCAGGAUGAAAAACCUCUAUCCAGGAAGAGUGACAAGAAAGAGAACAUGGAGGAACUUCUGAAUCUUUGUUCAGGAAAAUUCACUUCUCAGGAUGCUUCCGCUCUGGUUCCUUCAGAGUUAAAUAAGCAGGAGAAGGAGAGCAACACUGGUGACCCAAUGGAAGAAGCACUUGCUCUUUGCUCAGGCUCUUUCCCAAUGGACAGGGAAGAUGAAGCUGAAGAGGAGGAAUUUGGAGACUUUCAGCUUUUCCCAAAUGACAAUGAGUUUGAUAGUGAUGAGGAUGAACACAGUGACUCUGAUGAUGAAGAUCUGGCAUUGGAAGGCCAUGAAGAUGAUGAGGAAGAGCUCCUGAAGCAAUCUGAGAAGUUGAAAAGACAAAUGAGAUUGAAGAAGUACCUGGAGGAUGAGGCAGAGGUGUCGGGGAGUGAUGUGGGAAGUGAAGAUGAGUAUGAGGGGGAAGAGAUCGAUGAAUAUGAAGAAGAUAUAAUUGAUGAAGCACUUCCUUCUGAUGAGGAACUGCAGAAUCAAAUCAAGAAAAUACACAUGAAAACCCUGUUGGAUGACGAUAAGCGACAACUACGUUUAUACCAAGAGAGGUAUCUUGCUGAUGGGGAUCUGCACAGUGAUGGUCCUGGGCGCAUGAGGAAAUUCCGAUGGAAAAACAUAGAUGAUGCUUCCCAGAUGGACUUGUUUCACAGAGAUUCUGAUGAUGAUCAGGUUGAAGAACACUUUGAUGAGACAGAAGCCAGAUGGAGAAAGGAGAGAAUUGAACGAGAGCAGUGGCUUCGGGAUCAGGCACAGCAGGGGAAAAUUGCAACUGAAGAAGAAGAAGAAAUAGGAGAAGACAGUCAGUUUAUGAUGCUGGCCAAGAAAGUUACAGCCAGAACGCUGCAGAAGAAUGCCAAUCGCACUAUGGUUAUUCAGGAAUCAAAGUCUUUGCUUGGAAACCCCUUUGACAUCAUCAGAUCGGGGAGUGCCCGCCAGCUGAAGGCAGGCUCACUGCUAAAUCAACCCAAAGCUGUGCUUCAGAAACUGGCUGCCCUCUCUGACCUCAACCCUAGUGCUCCCCGAAAUUCAAGAAACUUUGUCUUUCAUACACUUUCUCCUGUCAAGGCUGAGGCAGCAAAGGAAUCCUCUAAGCCUCAGGUGAGGAGAAGAGGUCCAUCUGUAGUGACACCCCCUUCACCUAAGCGCCUCAAAACAGAUGAUAGUAAUUCAGGAUUGAAGCAAAGCAUAUUCAAAUUCUUGGAAAGCUAA